GGAAAGUCGAUAACCGACUCCAUUUGGUAGCCGCCCAAUCACUGCUUCUUCCCACCAUCAGGAUGACGAAGCUUGCUAUGAUGUAUUCGGGUGCACUGCAUUCGUGCAUUGUCGUUGUAUUCUGGAGCACGCUGCGUUGGAACAGGGCUCAGGCUGCCCAAACCUGCUCCCGGUCGAGUGAAUCAGCAGCCCGCGCUAUGCGAUGACGGCUUGAGGUUCAAGCUUCCAAGGUCCAGUGGUUUGUUUGUGUUCCGUCAGACCGCGCAGGUGGGAGAGGUAAGGUAUAUAGGACUCGCACAUGCUUCUCGCCGUCCCAAGUCCUCCAUUUUCCCGCUUUUAUCUAUCUCACUGCCAGCAUACCGGUCAAACCGAACGUUAUUCAUCUCUAGCCAAAACAUAUCUCGCUAGCUUUAUUCCAGCCCUCUAACAAGCCAUCACCAUGAACACCCAAGGAACAGCCGCUGGCUCCAACCAGCAAGAGGACUACCUCGACAAAGGCCUCGACGCUGUCGAAAAGAAAUACGGAGGCGGCAAAAUCGACCCAGCCAAGCAGCGCAGCACCAACGAGAAAAUCACCGACAAGGCCCGGGGUCUAGUCGAGAAGGCCACUGGCAAAGACAUUCCUGACAAGAUCAGCAACUAAACAAGGAUUUGGAUAUAAAACAAAGACAGAAUCAGCCUAGCCUAGCAAUACCUUAAUUACCUACCUAGGUAGUUGAGGCAUGAUUCAGGCCUUUAUAAUGAAAUGGUCCACGAACUCGGACCUGAAUUCAAGAAUAUGUUCAUCAUCUCACAGAGCCAUAUCAGAAUUCUAUAGUACCUUAGAUACCCGCGUGUCACGGUGCCCGUAGGUACCUAGGUACCUAGUAGGAAAUUCGGGGCCCCGCGGCCUCUUGCAGUUGGUACUGUACAGUACAGGCUGAUGGUACUCUCCUAGGUACCUACUAGGUAGGUACCUUACUCGUGGGGGAAUGCAGUAAUAAAGCCCACCAAGAUACUGUACCUAGGUACAACAUACCUACAACUAAACACUGCAUCGUCCCA